GCACCGUUUUCGACAACAGGAAUCACUUGCUAGCAUGGUGCGACCGUCGGGAGUUGUGAUUGCGCUCGGCGCAGUGGCGUUGGCCAUCGUAGCGCUCAGCAUCUCGAAGAUCUUUCACAACGAAGGAUAUAAGGGUGAGGAAGAAGAAGGGCUUGUUGAUGAAGACGCGUCCGCUGAAGAGACCCAGGCGCCUCUGUUGACUUCGUCCGUGUCAAAGAAGCAAUUGGUGCGGUACUUGAACGAUGUCGCUGAGACGAUCGAAGGCAUUGUGGCCCAACUGCCGGAUUUAGCUAACAUGGUCAUGGAGGAAGCAAGAUCCAUCGGCCAACACAUCCCCGAGGAGCAAGUCAAAGCAAUUUUGUCGCAGCGAUUGGGCGAAGCAGUUCGCAUGGCCGAGGCUAGCGUCGCGGAGAAGCACGCAUUGUCCGAAGAUGCGAUCAAGACCGCAGUGCACGAGAUGCACACCGACCCGGAAGUGCGUCGCGCUAUCGAAAACUUCCAGCGCGUUAUCGACAACAGUCCACUUGGCGAAACAGUCGACGUCCCGCCUCAUGUGACGGCCGACUACACGUUGACGGCAAUGGCUGCCGUUCUAGACGGCGUUGGUCGCGCCAUGGAAGAGGCGUUGGCGGAAGCCAAGGCGGCCGGCAUGCGCGAUAUCACGACAGAAGCGCACAUGUGGCAGGACUUGUAUGUGCAAAAGUCGACGGUGUACACACUCGAGCGCCAUUCCAAGUACCGCGUGACCGAGCCCAUCUUGAACGCUGCAGUCGCCAAGUACAAGGACGACGCGACAUUCCAGGCCAAGCUGCAAACGCUGCUUGAGAAGCACCAAGCCAACUUUCAGCGCAUGGGUCUGUAAUGGAUCGAAAUGAACAAAUAGAAGUAGAGUAGGAAGGGCUAUCCACUUCCGUGUACAACUGCAUCCAGCUUAAAAGGAAUCGACAUGUUGGCAUUACACGGACGCUGCCUUGGCUUCAUAUCGGGGUUACAGAGCCCAUCCUCGGCGCGACCCCGACGUACCGCUCGAGGUCAAGAGCCCACUCCCACUGAACCACUUGGUCAUGAGGUGGCUCUGUAAGCCGUACACAAUAGCGACCAACAACACUUGAACUAGAGUCCACCAGAAGACGAGGGAUUGGUUGCUCUCAGCAGUCUUCGAAUGCCGCUUAUCUCGUUGGAGGUAGUACGUUUGCUCGGACUGGAUGGAUGAAAACAUAUCGUGCAGGUGAGCCAGCGAUGCCUUGACAGUCUCGAUAUGCAUCUCCUUUGUCGAGGCUUCGACAACGUCUUCGUCGCCAAUGUCAUCUUCCUUCGUUAACCCAAAACGCACAGAAAAGUCGACCUUCUUCCCAGGUUUGGACGAGUGUUCGUUGCCGAGACAGAACUUGUACCAUCCACCACGGUGCUCCGUGUCAAAGUUGAACCCGUUGCGCUGCACGUUCUUGGACUUUUCAUCAAGGGAUGCCGUCGUCACGAGCGAAUCGAAGAAUUGCAUGUCGGUCUGCGUCAUGGACGGCGCCGUCGUAAACGGCCCAAACGCCGUGAGUCGAAUGUCGUACAAGUCGUUCGAUUCCAACACUGCGAGCUCGAGAUAGGCCGUUCGCUUCGUCUUGAUGUGUUCGAUGAAGCACUCACGCUGUCCCCCUGGAACAGUCACGACCAAUGCCGUCGACAUGCCACAGACCAGCGUCGCGAUCCAACCCUUCCACAUGAUGCUCUCGUGUGUUGUUCGAACAAG